AUGGAUCCGAAAAACUGCAAGGCCAGGGUAAUUUCUCGAGAGCCAUUGGACUCCAAAGACGCCGAGUGGAAACGGCUGGUCAAGACCGUCUACGCAGAUCCCAAUGGGGUGCAACGAACAUGGGAGUCCGCUGAGAUGCAGACUCGACCGGCAGAUGCUGUCGUGGAUGGCGUCAGCAUCGUGAGCAUCCUGCAAAAGGCCACAGGUCCGGAGCUUCUCCUCCUCAAACAAUACCGCCCUGCACUGGAUAAGAUAGCGAUUGAAAUUCCUGGCGGAUUGAUCGAUGCUGGUGAGACCAUCGAGCAGUGUGCAGUGCGUGAAUUGAGGGAGGAAACGGGGUAUGUGGGCGUCGCGGAGAAGGGGAGUGGUGUUUUAUUCAACUCCCCCGGAUUCAGCAGUAACAGCUUUAACCUGGUUCAUGUGCAGGUGGACAUGUCUGCCCCAGAGAACCAGAACCCACGUCCAGACUGGGAUGAGGCGGAGUUUAUUGAGGUUAUCUCGUUGCCGGUUGAUUCUUUGGCUGCCGAGUUGAAGAUCCUAGAGACGGAAGGGUAUGCCGUGGAAACACGGGUUGUUGCGAUUGCAGAAGGCGUUGAGUUGGCGAAGAAAUGGAAGCUGUAGAUACUUUGAGUUAUUAGACAUUCAAGAUCAUAUCACGUGAUAUAUACACCAGGUGAUACAGGAACAGCUGGCAAAGUGUUCACCUCGACGCCCCACCAUCAUUUGGUUGAUAUCAUAUGGAUGGUUCAAUUGUCAGUAGUUGGUAGAUCUAAUGCCGCUGAUAAAAAACAGUCACAGUCACGUCCUCGACAUAAUUCACCCAACCCCGCCGACAAGCCUUGGGAAACACAUGUAUAG